AUGUGCAAUAACUUUUUUCCGUUCAACUUUAGUUCAUUUCCAGUUCAGUUUCAAUUUAGUUUCAGUUCAGUUUCAGAUCAUUUUCAGUUCAGUUUCAGUUUCAGAUCAUUUUCAGUUCAGUUUCAGUUCAGUUUCAGUUCAGUUUCAAAUCAGUUCAGUUUCAGUUCAAUUUCAAUUCAGUUUCAGUUCAGUUUCAGUUCAGUUUCAGUUCAGUUUCAGUUCAGUUUCAGUUCAGUUUCAGUUCAGUUUCAGUUCAGUUUCAGUUCAGUUUCAGUUCAGUUUCAGUUCAGUUUCAGUUCAGUUUCAGUUUCAGUUCAGUUUCAGUUCAGUUUCCGUUCAGUUUCAGUUCAGUUUCAGUUCAGUUUCAAUUCAGUUUCAGUUCAAUUUCAGUUUCAGUUCAGUUGCAGUUCAGUUUCAGUUCAGUUUCAGUUCAGUUUCAGUUCAGUUUCAAUUCAGUUUCAGUUCAAUUUCAGUUUCAGUUCAGUUGCAGUUCAGUUUCAGUUCAGUUUCAGUUCAGUUUCAGUUCAGUUUCAGUUCAGUUUCGGAUCAUUUUCAGUUCAGUUUCAGUUCAGUCUCAAAUCAGUUCAGUUUCAGUUCAAUUUCAAUUCAGUUUCAGUUCAGUUUCAGUUCAUUUCCAGUUCAGUUUCAGUUCAGUUUCAGUUCAGUUUCAGUUCAGUUUCAGUUCAGUUUCAGUUCAGUUUCAGUCCAGUUUCAGUUCAGUUUCACUUCAGUUUCAGUUUAGUUUCAGCUCAAAUUCAGAUCAGAUACAGUUGCGUUUCGACUCAGAUUAAGUUGAGAUUUAGUUUCCGUUCAACUUUAGUUCAUUUCCAGUUCAGUUUCAAUUUAGUUUCAGUUCAGUUUCAGUUCAGUUUCAGAUCAUUUUCAGUUCAGUUUCAGUUCAGUCUCAAAUCAGUUCAGUUUCAGUUCAAUUUCAAUUCAGUUUCAGUUCAGUUUCAGUUCAGUUUCAGUUCAGUUUCAGUUCAGUUUCAGUUCAGUUUUAGUUCAGUUUCAGUUCAGUUUCAGUUCAGUUUCAGUUCAGUUUCAGUUCAGUUUCAGUUCAGUUUCAGUUCAGUUUCAGUUCAGUUUCAGUUCAGUUUCAGUUCAGUUUCCGUUCAGUUUCAGUUCAGUUUCAAUUCAGUUUCAGUUCAAUUUCAGUUUCAGUUCAGUUGCAGUUCAGUUUCAGUUCAGUUUCAGAUCAUUUUCAGUUCAGUUUCAGUUCAGUUUCAGAUCAUUUUCAGUUCAUUUUCAGUUCAGUUUCAGUUCAGUCUCAAAUCAGUUCAGUUUCAGUUCAAUUUCAAUUCAGUUUCAGUUCAGUUUCAGUUCAUUUCCAGUUCAGUUUCAGUUCAGUUUCAGUUCAGUUUCAGUUCAGUUUCAGUUCUGUUUCAGUCCAGUUUCAGUUCAGUUUCAGUUCAGUUUCACUUCAGUUUCAGUUUAGUUUCAGCUCAAAUUCAGAUCAGAUACAGUUGCGUUUCGACUCAGAUUAAGUUGAGAUUUAGUUUCCGUUCAACUUUAGUUCAUUUCCAGUUCAGUUUCAAUUCAGUUUCAGUUCAGUUUCAGUUCAGUUUCAGAUCAUUUUCAGUUCAGUUUCAGUUCAGUUUCAGUUCAGUCUCAAGUCAUUUCAGUUCAGUUUCAGUUCAGUUUCAGUUCAGUUUCAGUUCAGUUUCAGAUCAUUUUCAGUUCAGUUUCAGAUCAGUUUGAGUUCAGUCUCAAGUAAGUUCAGUUUCAGUUCAAUUUCAAUUCAGUUUCAGUUCAGUUUCAGUUCAGUUUCAGUUCAGUUUCAGUUCAGUUUCAGUUCAGUUUCAGUUCAGUUUCAGUUCAGUUUCAGUUCAGUUUCAGUUCAGUUUCAGUUCAGUUUCAGUUCAGUUUCAGUUCAGUUUCAGUUCAGUUUCAGUUCAGUUUCAGUUCAGUUUCAGUUCAGUUUCAGAUCAUUUUCAGUUCAGUUUCAGAUAAUUUUCAGUUCACUUUCAGUUCAGUUUCAGUUCAAUUUCAGCUCAAAUUCAGAUCAGAUACAGUUGAGUUUCGACUCCGAUUAAGUUGAUAUUAAAUUGAGAUUCAGUUUCAGUUCAGUUUCAGUUCAGUUUAAGCUCAAAUUCAGAUCAGAUACAGUUGAGUUUCGACUCAGAUUAAGUUGAGAUUCAGUUUCAGUUCAGUUUCAGUUUCAGCUCAAAUUCAGAUCAGAUACAGUUGAGUUUCGACUCCGAUUAAGUUGAUAUUAAAUUGAGAUUCAGUUUCAGUUCAGUUUCAGUUCAGUUUCAGUUCAGUUUCAGUUCAGUUUCAGUUCAGUUUCAGUUCAGUUUCAGUUCAGUUUCAGUUCAGUUUCAGUUCAGUUUCAGUUCAGUUUCAGUUCAGUUUCAGUUCAGUUUCAGUUCAGUUUCAGCUCAAAUUCAGAUCAGAUACAGUUGAGUUUCGACUCAGAUUAAGUUGAGACUAAGUUGAGAUUCAGUUUCAUUUCAGUUCAGAUCAUUUUCAGUUCAGUUUCAGUUCAGUUUCAGAUCAGUUUCAGAUCAUUUUCAGUUCAGUUUCAGUUCACUUUCAGUUCAGUUUCAGUUCAAUUUCGAAUCAGUUUCAGUUCAGUCUCAAAUCAGUUCAGUUUCAGUUUAGUUUCAGUUCAGUUUCAGUUCAGUUUCAUAUCAUUUUCAGUUCAGUUUCAGUUCAGUUUCAUUUCAGUUUCAGUUCAGUUUCAGUUCAGUCUCAGUUCAGUUUCAGUUCAGUUUCAGUUCAGUUUCAGUUUCAAUUAAGUUUCAGUUCAGUAUCAGUUCAGAUUAGAUUCAAAAUCACUAAAAACAACCCAUCUUUGGUGAAAAGAACAUCACUCGUACCGAACGACACAACUCGGCUGAACUAAUAUUUGCCACACUGCCUUCGAUAUGUUUUUGUUUUGAAAAUAACCUAGUAAUUGUAUUUCGUAAAUCGAUGUCUUGUUUUGUCACCUUUCAUUGUUGAUUGUUAUUAGCAGAAGCCUAAAAUACAAAAUAUUUUAUCUAACGAAGCUAAAUGAAUUGAACUUAAGCUUAUUACACUCAAAUUUUAUUAGAGUAUAUAUUGAUGUUGUAGGAACCGAUUUCGGUCGUUGUUUUCGUCCGAACACUUUUUUUUCAGAAUUUGUUAAAUCAAACAAAUAUAUCAAUGGGGCCAAUUAUUUGACCCUAAUCGGAAGGACACUCGCCACUACAAAGUUCAGAACUUUCGUCACACCUCUGGCGAAGGCUCUUUUGUUGUGAAAUGAGCCUGGGGAAAUUAAAGCUGCGUAAUUUUAAUUAUUUUUUGUACAGAAUGAAUCCAAGUUAGUGGGGUGGACAUGUAAAACAACUUUUUGAGCGAUUUUAAACGUUUCACGUUGAAUUUUAUUUUAACUUAUUAAAACAAAAGAAGGGUAGCGAAUCAAGAAAAGGGGAAAGCAAAAAACUGUAUAAAAUGUGCCUUAUGUAACGAAUUACAAAUCAAUUUAACACUAAAGUAUAGUAUUUAAUGCGAAACAAUUGGGAGUAAAUGGGAGGAAGAUGCUUGCAAAUUAACAAAAAAAAAACAACUUGAAUUAUUAGGAAGCAUAAAAAGAAAAGAAAAACAGGUUAGUUAACGACUGCAAAUGUCGGUGAUUGAUAUGCAAUGUUGGUUGAGCUUCUGCUGUUUAACAAAAUACAAUAACGGAAAAUAAUCCAACUAAACUUAAAUUCGAGAACAAAAAAAAUAAAUCUGUGCCCAAAUCUAGUAUUUUCGAAUUGUUAGUGUUUUUUAGCUGAGCGCUGUGUACAAUAGAUGUAUUGAAGGGGAGGGGUUUAGAGAGAAAUACACGGAGAAUAACGGCUAGUUUGACGAAGAGCUAACCAAGAAAGUCGACUGCAAAUGAUUAAGCGUAGCAUAUUAGAACCUAGUAAGGGGGGCAGCGUAGUUAGCUGCGACCGAAAUUAACGAAACUUGUGUACAGAGACGAGAGUGAGAGAGAAAAAGAGAGAUACGAAAUUCACGAAACUAAUAACACUAAACAUUGAUUGCCAAUAAUAACACUUUUCAGCUGAUUAGUAGAGGGAAAGUAAUACGCAGAGUGAACGUACAUGGGCGAACGUUUUGGAUAUUGUAUUUGUUAUUUAAUUUUUAUAUCUGUAGCUAUUACUAUAUAUUUACAUAGUUUUUACAGGAGAAGAAAAAGCCUAAUAAAAUUGAAAAAAAGAUCUGAGAUGUAAGA